GGGUUUUUGUGUUGGAGCAAGAAGCCUCUUUCUCUCUCUCUCACAAACUCAAUUCUCAACAUGAAGCCGAAGCCAGAGCAAGACCCUGUAACUCAUCUAGAAGACGAUGACGAACCAGCUACAACAGCCAAGAAGAAGAACAAGAAAAGAAAGAGAGACAAACCAUCCAGCUUAACAACAAUGGCGCAGGAGGCAGAGAGGGUCACCGCUAAAGUUGAGCUCAUUCCUGACCAACCGAACAAAACCCCACCUCUAGUUGGCUAUUUCCCAUCUGGGUUCAACCCUCAGAGCGGGGACCAAGGAGAGGAGGAGACGACAACAAGGGUUAGAGUGUAUAGAAACAUGAAUGAGAGGAAACACAAGACGGGGAGGUUGGAGUUGGUGGUGAGUCCUGCUGAGUCAAGUGUGGAGUUUGUGGGGACUAGCUAUGCUGGUGAAGCUAUGGCGCCACAGUUUUGUCAGUAUGCUCUUGGGGUUCUUGAUAAGGAAAGCCAGACUUUGAAGAUAGUGCCUGUUGCUUCUAAUAAGAUAUUUAGAUUGGAACCAAGAGUUGGAACGUCGGACAUUGCUGAGAAGGAAGAGGCAAAUGUUACCGAGGAACAGCAAGCUGAUAUGAAGGCUAUGCUUCAUACUCGUUAUGGAACUAAGAAGUUUUUAAGAAAGUCCAAAAAACUUCAUGAUCUGCAGAAGGAAAAUGAUCUUGAAUCUCAGAAGGAUCUUGCGAAGAAAAUUAAGUCGGUCAAGAUUAACAAGGGGGCUCUUGAAAGUGCCAUUGUUGAUACUGUUCUUAAUAUCCCACCAUAUGACUCCUCUGCCACUAUACCUGAGCUGGCUUAUCCUCUAGAUAAGAUUAUCCUAAAAGGAGAGUGGGAUUUCCUAUAUGAUAUUUAUGAGCUUUUGCAAGUCGGGCAAGAGGUGGAAAGCAGUGCUUAUCCAUCAUUUGUUUGCAACAGAAUACAGAAAUUGCGAGAAUUGGAGAAGGAUGCGGAGAAACGGGUACGCGCAUGUAUUUUCUCAUACAUCACUCAUCUGGUGAAGUUCAAAGAUCAGCAUUCCAUGGAUGCCUCAGCAUCAGCAAAGAACCAUAGAAUUCCUAGUAUUUUACGCCAGAAGUUCUUGUCAAGUUUUUCUAAUCCGGAAUCAAAGAGGUUACCUGAAGACAAAAUCCAUCUUCUUAUUAGUUAUGUCCUAGUGCUUACUCUCCAUGCUGAUAACUUCCAAACUAACCCGGCAGAUAUAGCCAAGGACCUAAGAAUGAGUGAAGUCAGUUUGAGAUAUCAUUAUGAGAAGUUGGGUUGCAAGCUCAAGCGCGAGAAGAAUGAAUUGUUAGCCACCCUUUCCGUUCCUCUCCAAUUCCCCAAGCCAAGGCGAAGGCGGUAGAUUGAUAGAAAAAUGUGCACCGUUUGUUUCAUAAAUUUGUUUUACGGGAAGUGAGAUGAUUUGGGAUUUUCUUUUUAUGAUGUCUCUUAAAGAGUAGAAUUUUUAUGUAGUUUUACACCCCAAAAGGGAAAUGUCAAUAUCCCUUUUAAGUUUUGAAGUUU